AUCAUGUCGAGAUCUUUCUACGUAGACUCUUUAAUUAUCAAGGAUCCCGCUCGCCCGGCUCUGAGCGAGCACACGGCACAGGACUUUCUCAUCCCCAUUGGCAUGCACUCUCCCGGAGUGAUGAGCGUCACUGCGCCCGUUUGCCCGUCCCGGAAGACCGGCACCUUCUGUGUCUGUCCGCUGUGCGUAACCUCGCAUAUCCACUCUCCCCGCGGCGGAAUCCCACUGCUGAAGGGACAGGGCUUCUCCGCCGGUGACGCGGCUUUCUGUCAGAGGGUAGCACACCAACAGAGCCCCGCGUUAGCGCACCCGGGACACGGACACGCGCCUGUCUGCACGCCCACAAGCUACAGCGUCACUGACCCUCGGAGGUAUCACUGUCUGUCUCUAGGUGCGUCUGACAACAGCCACAUACAGAACGGUAAACGGAUGCGCACUGCCUUCACCAGCACUCAGCUGCUUGAGCUGGAGCGCGAGUUCUCAUCUAACAUGUACCUCUCCCGCUUACGCAGGAUCGAAAUAGCCACAUAUCUAAAUCUGUCAGAGAAACAGGUGAAAAUAUGGUUCCAAAACCGCCGCGUUAAACACAAGAAAGAAGGCAAAGGUGCGCAACGGAGCGCGCACGCAGGAUGCAAAUGCUCGGGGAGCCACUCACACUAUCCGCGCUCGGAAGACGAAGAAUCCCUGUCACCUGUGUCAGCAACAGAGGAGAAGGAGACUUCACCUAUCUAGGGGCGCCGCGAACAUCAUAGACUUAAGUUUGGUUUACCCUGCAUGGCACGGAUCAGUUGAAACGACUGAAUUUAUGGGACACUGUCUUCCAUAUUUCCAUAACCCGAAGGGUAUGGAAGUUUAGCUACUACCAAUUCCUCCCUCUUUCCUCUUAAAGUCUUCUUUCACCCUGAGACUCAAGUCAGUUAUUUGUCUUAAACUGUGAAAUAAUAGUUCAGUGAUGCAAGUAAAUAACGUUUUUACAGUUUAAGUGAAAACGUUUUUGAAACGACCACGGAUAUGCUGUCAUCCCUGUUCUUUGAAGAAUAAAUGUUGGAUAUAUAGAGAAGAUAAAACUCCCUGUGUGAUACUGUACAUAUGCAGACUGUUAAUUCAACCUGUCCUAGACUACUGAGAAACUGAUUUUUUUUCACCUGAAUUUUAUGUGC